UUCCCUCAAAUCACGGACAACGCGAGAACUCCUCCGUGUCUUGUGAUUGGUCGGUGACGCUGCAGGAAGGUAGCUAUCCAAGAUGGCGGCUACCAUGGUGGAACAUGUUGUCGUAGACGCAGGAGGAUUUUUGAAGAAAGCAGCUCUUCAGGAAAUCGGUAAGAAUAUCUACACCCUGAAGGAUGUAGUAGAGGAAAUUAGAGACAAGGCAACCCGGAGAAGUCUGUCAUUCCUACCAUAUCAACUGAACUUCAGAGAGCCGUACCCAGAGGACAUCAGAUUAGUGACUGAGUUCUCCAAGAAGACUGGAGACUACCCCAGCCUAUCUGCCACAGACAUCAAGGUGUUGGCUCUGACAUACCAGUUGGAGAGAGAAAACGUUGGGACUGACCACCUGAAGAAAGAACCUGAGGUCAAGGUCCAGGUAUGCAGUACUCGGAGACAUCCAGAGGCUCCCGUUGGCGUGGCAGGGUUCCACUUUCCCUCAAAGAGACCGGCUGAUGGGCUGUUCAGUGGCAGACAGACGCCAGCAGCACAGACACAGCACAGCUAUAACCCUCCAGAGAUCGGAGAGUACAACAGCUUCCAGUUCUGGAGGAAUCCUCUGCCCUGCUUCGACACUGACCUGCUGGAACUAGUGAACCUCUCAAUAUCGGACAGUGGAGCAGCAGACACCGUCCACACGGGACCUGAGACCGGGAUCGGAUCAGAGGAACACAAACACUCAAAGAAUCAUUCAGAGGAGCACGGCAGUGGGUCGGAGGAGGAGGAAGAAGAUGGCGGUUGUUGGAUCACCCCUAGCAACAUUAAACAGGUCCAGAUGGAGACGGGGAUCUGGGCGUCGCCCGCGGACGUUAAAGUGUCGUGUCUCACCACCGACUUCGCUAUGCAGAACGUCCUGAUUCAGAUCGGGCUCCACGUCCUCUCUGUGAACGGGAUGCUCAUCAAACAGGCCAGGAAUUACAUGCUACGAUGCCACGCCUGUUUCAAGACCACUACCAACAUGACCAAGGUUUUCUGUCAACACUGCGGCAACAGAACGCUGAAGAAGGUAGCAGUGACGGUCAGCGAGGACGGAAGCAUUCAGAUGCAUUUCUCAAAGAACCCCAAAGUGCUCAACCCCAAAGGGAAGAGGUACUCCCUGCCCCUGCCACAAGGGGGUAAACACGCCAGCAACCCCCACCUGGUGGAGGACCAGCGUUUCCCCCAGCAGCGUGUGUCCCGUAAGGCCCGCCAAAAGACGGACGUCUUUAACCCAGACUUCCUGGCCGGGGGCGGCUCACCUUUCUCCGAUCACGACAUCUACAGCCGCUCUGCCAACCUGCACAUCACAGACGGAGCAGGUGGAGGGGGACGGAGGCGGGCCAACCCCAACGCUGCCCGCAAAAAGAAAUGUUAAAGAAUCGGAAGCCGUCUUCCACUAAAGAGAAUUCCAGAAACUGAACUGUGAAAAUAGCUGGAUUUAAUACUGAUGUUUUCUAUAAAAUUACAAUUAUUAUUAUUUUUUUAAAGGUAAACUUAAUGAAUUCCAUGUUCAAAUAAUGUUUUAUAUAGCAACUACCAAGUUUGUAAAAGCCUCGAGGUAUUUGCACUUUCUAGGCUUGUGUUUGUAACCUGCUCUGACACAUUUCAUGCCCCCUAAUUAAAACACAGUUCAAGAUAA